AAUCAAAUAGCCUUUUCAUUCCUUCUUUAAACCUCAGACAAUUUGAGUUCAAAAAUCUUCUGCCAUUGACGCAGCAGUGUCGCUAAUUAGUUUUCAGUUAUGGUGGAACUAUCAAGAGGGGAAAAGAACUUCAUACGAGGUGGGAUUGCUCAAGAUCUUCGUUGUGAUGGUCGAAAGCGGUUGUCUUAUCGACCAAUUCAUGUUGAUACCGGCGUCAUUCCACAGGCAGAUGGUUCAGCUAGAGUACGGAUUGGGGGAACAUAUGUUAUUGCUAGUGUCAAGGCUGAAUUAGGAAGACCCAGUUCAUCUCAACCAAAUAAAGGAAAGGUUUCUAUACAUAUUGAUUGUAGUGCAACUGCAGCACCUAUAUUCCAGGGUAAAGGGGGUGAAGCAUUAUCUACUGAACUUGCUAGUGAUCUCCAGCGCUGCCUCUUGGGUGGUAAAAGUGGGGAAGGAGCUGGAAUUGAUCUUUCAUCUCUAUCUAUUGUGGAAGGAAAGAUUUGUUGGGAUCUCUAUAUUGAUGGCCUUGUAGUUAGCUCAGAUGGGAAUUUACUGGAUGCCUUAGGUGCAGCAAUAAAGGCUGCUUUGAGUAAUACUGGCAUUCCAAAAGUUAAUGUCAUUGCUGCUGAUCCAACAUCUGCCAGUGAUCAACCUGAAGUUGAUGUUAGUGAUGAAGAAUUUCUGCAGUUUGACACUUCUGCCGUCCCGGUUAUAAUUACGUUGACCAAGGUAGGAAAUCACUACAUAGUUGAUGCAAAUCUGGAGGAGGAAUCUCAAAUGAGUUCAGCAAUGUCUAUCUCUGUCAACCGGAAGGGCCAUAUAUGUGGUCUCACUAAGCGUGGGGGUGCAGGGGUGGAUCCAAGUGUGUUGCUUGACAUGAUCUCAGUAGCUAUGCAAGUGAGCGACAAAUUUAUGAACAAAUUAGACUCGGAGAUUGCUGCUGCAGAGGCUCGUGAGGGAGAAUCUUGAAAAUCACUUGGUGUGUCUUUAAGACCAAAUUUUGUAGUAGAAUGCGGAAGUAUUUUUACAUGAGAAAUUAUUCUGAGAAGACAUGCAUCGUCAUUGCCUACUUCAUGUAAAGAAUGAAUUCUAUUGUACUUUUCAUAUAAAAAGAUAAAUUGCAUAUA